AGAGAGGCGGGGCCUAGGCGGUUGCCAGGGGAACGGUGCGGCCUAGCAGUCAAACCCGCAGCCUGAGACAUCAAGGGAGCUCACUUGACCUGCGGGCGGGAAACAACGGAAAAAAGACCUUUAAAAGAAGCCCCUUAAAAACGAUCCCGGAUCUCUGAAAACUGGGAAUCGGCAGCUGGAUUUCUGCACCCCAAAGAUGGGGGACCCAAAUGAGCCCUGAUAAAAGAACCCGGUUUGAAGAAACCCCAGGACUCUGUUGCCCUUGAGAUCAGUGCACACAAAGGUGGGAAAGGAUGCCGUUGGUCAGCGGACUGGUUCCCUCUCGAUUCCUGGUCCUCACAGCUCAUCUGGUCAUUGUCAUCACCAUCUUCUGGUCCAGGGAAAACAAUGUCCGUGCUUCCCUCCCUCUUCAGUGUACACCAGAAGAAUAUGCCCGCCGAGACACCGAGAUGGUGGUGGCCUUGUCCGUCACUCUCGGGCUGUUCGUGGUAGAGCUGACCGGCUUCCUCUCCGGGGUGUCCAUGUUCAACAACGUUCAAAGUCUGCUUUCCACCCUGGCUCACGCUUCCGCCGGAGUCGCACUGCUCUUCUUUCUGUUCGAGCAGUGGGAUGGCGGCCUGUACUGGUGGAUCUUUGCGUUUUGCAGUGCCUUGCCUGCUGCGGUCGAGAUCUUCCUGUUCGUCUCCGUUUUCGGACUCAAGAAGAAGCCGCUGUGAAAAAGGAGGACGACGAUCCCUGCCUUAAAUCUCGUUCGGGUUAUCCCAGGGCAGGGAGAGCACCGAAAGAACACGAGUGGGAGGUCAAAUGUCCUUCGUUUAGGACUAUCAGCUGUUUCUGGUUUUCAGCUCCGCCUUUGCUUGGCACCUCAACGGA